GCUACUAUAAUCUUGGUGGUGCAAAACACAAAUUUGUUUCACUAAAAAGAAGCAAAAUAAUGGGGUUUUGCAAAUUUUCCAAGUUUAGUUUUCUAUUCUUGAUCAGCAUUCUCUCUGUGUCUACAGCUGAAGAGAAUGCUAGAAUUUCAUAUGAUCGAGUUUCGUUGCUUUCCUUCAUGUCGGGUGUUGUUUCAGACCCUGAAAACUCGCUGGAACAUUGGAACUCCACUAAUGUGCAUGUUUGCAACUGGUCGGGUGUGGGGUGCAACCAUGAAAGAGACCAAGUGGUGCAGCUUGACCUUAGUGGGAGGUCACUUAAAGGCACCAUUUCUCCUGCUCUAGCCAAUCUUUCUUCUUUGAUGGUUCUUGAUUUGUCAAAGAACUUCUUCCAAGGCCAUAUCCCACCGGAGCUUGGUUCUCUUUUUCAGCUCAAACAACUUAGUCUGUCAUGGAAUCUUCUUGAAGGAGACAUUCCUUCUGAGUUGGGUUUUCUUCACCAAAUAGUAUACCUUGAUUUGGGGAGUAACCGGCUUGCGGGACACAUUCCCUCUUCUCUUUUUUGCAAUGGCUCAUAUUCAUUGCAAUAUAUAGAUCUUUCCAACAAUUCUCUCAGUGGUGAAAUCCCUUCGAAGACAAAAUGUUCACUUAGGGAGUUGAGGUUUCUCUUACUUUGGUCGAAUAGACUAGUUGGUCAAGUACCUCAAGCCCUUUCCAACUCCUCAAAACUUCAAUGGGUUGAUUUGGAGUCCAACAUGUUAAGUGGGGAGUUGCCAUAUAAUAUAGUGCGCAAAAUGCGGCAGUUGCAGUUCCUCUAUUUGUCCUAUAAUGACUUCGUUAGCCAUGAUGGUAACACUAACCUCCAACCCUUUUUUGCUGCUUUACUCAAUUCCUCUAACUUUCAAGAACUAGAAUUGGCCGGAAAUAAUCUUCGCGGAGAGAUACCUUCUAUCAUUGGUGAUCUUUCUACCAAUCUUGUACAGGUUCAUCUCGAUGAUAAUCUGAUAUAUGGUUCCGUUCCUCCUGGCAUUUCCAACCUUGUGAAUCUCACCCUCUUGAACUUGUCUAGCAACCUUUUGAAUGGUUCCAUCCCACCUGAAUUAUGCAGAAUGGAGAAACUAGAGAGAGUUUAUCUUUCAAAUAAUUCACUCUCUGGUGAGAUUCCCUCAGCUCUAGGAAACAUUAAGCAUUUGGGGCUGUUGGAUUUGUCGAUGAACAAGCUUUCAGGUUCAAUUCCUGAUAGUUUCGCCAAUCUCUCCCAGCUAAGAAGAUUACUACUCUAUGGAAACCAGCUUUCAGGGACAAUUCCUUUGAGUUUAGGCAAAUGUGUCAACCUGGAGAUUUUAGACCUUUCUCGAAAUAAGCUUUCAGGGAUAAUUCCUGGUGAAGUUGCUGGAUUGAGGAGCUUGAAGUUAUACCUGAAUUUGUCUAGUAAUCACCUUCAUGGACCCUUACCUCUAGAGCUGUGUAAAAUGGAUAUGGUGUUAGCCAUUGAUCUGUCGUCAAAUAAUCUCUCGGGCUCCAUACCAUCGCAACUUGGGAGCUGCAUUGCCCUCGAGCACCUUAACCUUUCCUCUAAUUUCUUGGAAGGUGAGCUUCCAGAUUCCAUAGGACAGUUGCCUUACCUUAAAGAACUCGAUGUCGCUUUAAACCAGUUGAGUGGAGACAUACCAGUGACCUUUCAGGCAUCAACAUCUAUCAAGGCCAUGAACUUCUCUUUCAACAAGUUCCACGGGAAUAUAUCAGACAAAGGGGCAUUUUCAUUGCUGACUAUGGAUUCUUUCACAGGGAAUGAUGGUCUUUGUGGUUCGAUUAAAGGCAUGCCAAAAUGCCGAAAGAAACAUCAUUCUCAUUUGGUUAUAUUUUUGCCUAUCAUCGUUUCGUUGUUUGCAACUCCUUUAUUGCUUAUGUUUGGAUACCCUCUGGUGCUCAAAUCAACGUUCCGGAAUCGACUUGGUGUUGUCAAUGGAGGGGAUUUCGAAGAUGAAGAAAAAGAUGGAAAAGAGCCUAAAUACCCAAGAAUAUCAUACGAACAACUCAUUGAAGCCACUGGUGGGUUCAGUGCAUCUAGCUUAAUUGGUUCAGGCCGUUUUGGUCAUGUAUAUAAAGGAAUUUUUGGGGACAAUACGAGAAUAGCAGUCAAAGUUUUGGACACAAGGACAGCCGGAGAUAUUUCAGAGAGUUUCAGAAGAGAAUGUGAAGUCCUAAAGCGAACCAGGCAUAGAAACUUGAUAAGGAUCAUUACAAUUUGCAGCAAGCCAGAUUUCAAGGCUCUAGUCCUUCCUCUGAUGGCAAAUGGGAGCCUGGAGAGGCACCUAUACCCCAGCCACGGAAUAAGCCAUGGCUUAGAUUUGAUCCAGUUGGUAAACAUCUGCAGUGAUGUAGCUGAAGGGGUUGCUUAUCUGCACCAUUACUCACCGGUUAAAGUCGUUCACUGUGAUCUUAAACCAAGUAAUAUUCUUCUUGACGAGGACAUGACUGCUUUGGUGACAGAUUUCGGAAUUGCAAGACUGGUCAGAGGUGUUGAUGAGACAAUUUCUGCAAAUGAUUCAAUCUCCUACAGCUCUGCAGAUGGCUUGUUAUGUGGAUCUGUUGGCUAUAUAGCUCCUGAAUAUGGAAUGGGAAAACGAGCUUCCACUCAAGGGGAUGUAUACAGUUUUGGGGUCCUUUUGUUGGAAAUAGUUUCGGGAAGGCGCCCCACAGAUGAUGAUGAAGGUUCAAGCUUACAUGAGUGGGUGAAAUGUCACUAUCCUCAUAAUCUUGAACCCAUAGUAAAGCAAGCACUGCUGAGAUGCAGCCCUGGUUCAAUGCCAACAAAUUAUGAUAAAAUAUGGCGUGAUGUUAUUUUGGAACUGGUUGAACUUGGCCUUAUGUGUACACAGUACAACCCUUCUACAAGACCAACCAUGCUAGAUGUGGCCAUUGAAAUGGGCCGGCUAAAGCAAUAUCUCGCUAAUCCUGCCUCGAUGUUGACCGGAGAAGCCUCUUCUAAGGCUGAUGCCCCGUUGAUCAUAUAAUGAUGACACAAAUAUUACUUUCAUCAUUGUACUCAUUUUUUUUUUCCGCUGAAAUCUUAUCUCUCUCAAA